AGCAAACUAAAGCUAGAAAAUCCUCAUGACCCUAAAAAAAGACACAAUUCUGCACCAAAAAAGAGAAGGAAAACCCAUAAACAAAGCCAGAUUCCUCAACACUCCAUGUGAAUAAAGCCCCCCCCAUAAAUCAACAUGCCCACAGCGCUACAUAUCUAAGCAAAGAAUCAUUGCCACCUCCACCCAACCUCCACUGAUCAUCACAGCCAUGGCUACACACAUCUUCACCACCCUCCACCACCUCUUGAGCUUGGCAUUGAUGAUCCCACUGAUUUCCGGCGCCACCGUGAACACGUGCAGAUCAUAUUGCGGAAACAUAACCAUCGACUACCCAUUUGCGCUUCAAUACGGCUGCGGCCACCCCGGCUUCCGGGAGCUCCUGUUUUGCAUGAACGAUGUGCUCAUGUUCCACAUAAGCUCCGGCUCCUACCGGGUCCUGGAAAUCGAUUACGCCUAUCAAGCACUUACCCUGCACGAUCCCCACAUGUCAAACUGCGACGCCAUUGUGCUCGGCGGCAAAGGCAACGGCUUCGCCGUCGAGCCGUGGCGGUCGCCGUACAUGAAUCCGAUCUCCGACAACGUUUUCAUGCUUAUAGGCUGUUCGGCUCGGUCGCCGCUCUUCCAAGGAUUCCCCGGAAAGCACUUGCCGUGUCGUAACGUCUCCGGGAUGAGCUGCGAGGACUACUAUGGGUGCCCCGCGUGGGACCUGGUGGGUCACAGGGCGGCGGGCUCUUUGUACGGCUCGAGCCCGCCGGAAUGUUGCGCCGUGCCGUUCGAGGCGAUCAAGGCUAUAAACCUGACGAAGCUCGAGUGUGAAGGGUACACCAGCGCGUACAGUCUCGCGCCGCUGAAGGUCGAUGGGCCUGGUGGAUGGGCCUAUGGCAUACGUGUGAAAUACUCGGUCCAGGGGAACGAUGAUUUCUGUGGCCCGUGUGAGGCCACCGGUGGCACGUGCGGAUUUGGCACGGAUGGGAUUAGGCAAGUAUGCAUGUGUGGCAGCUUGAAUUCCACAUCAAAUUGCGAUUCAGUCAAGUCAUCAUCAAGCAGAAGGACAAGGUCUAUGGUGGAGCCAUUAGCAGGACUUUUUAUGGGCAUGUUAGUAUGGGUGACAGCCAAUCAAAAUUGAAGUAGAGGUCCAACGUCACCAUCAUAUAUAUAUAUAUAUAUGCAUCUCCCAUCUCAUGUAAUGUCAUUUUUACACAUACAUGGAGGUCUUGCACAACACACACACACGAGAUAGCGAGAGGUGUGAGAGAUGAAAGCAUAUUUUUAGAAGUUUAUGCUUUUUUUAUUCAUACAUGAUAAAAGCCACUAAAUUUUUGAGCUUGAGUUAAAAGGAUGGGGAAUUAUU